AUGGGAACCUUCUUUAAAUACUUUGCUAUCGCGUCAUUCGUAGCUUUAUUUUCUAUAAUCUUUCAAGCUUAUCACGAAUCAGGAUCUUUACAAAAUAUUACUUUUCAAUUACAAGCACUCGUUCAAUUAGAAUCAAAUCACAAUAUUAUUUCAAAAGAUGAUAAACCAAGGGUUGUAGUGGCUUAUGGAAGUUGUAGUGAUCUAACUGUUCGUGCUGUCGAUGUUUUAAAUUAUACCGGAAAUUUAAAAGAUUUUCAAGUGAGAGAUGAAUCCGAUGACGAGAUUCAUACUUUUGAAGACUUCAUGAGAAGUUUUAUGUAUUACUUCUCCAAAGGAGCUGCCGCCGAAAGAUAUACGCCGAAUAAAGAACUCUUUAGGAACAUUGUAGCGAUAGCAAAGAAACAUUCCUCACAUCGAUGGGAUCUUGGUGGAAAUGCACCCGUUAUGGGAAAAAGAUUUCAUUUGGAAGGAGCACAAGUCCUCAUUGCAUCGACCAUGUCAGUGAAACAACGAACUCAUCUGGACAAAGGAAUUGACGUUGUUGAUUUCAUUCCAAGUGAAGAUUUUGUUGAUGAUAUUCAUUUGAUAUUCGAGUAUAAGACUGGAGACAAGUUUGGUGAUCAUUUAGCCCCACGAGCUAAUCGCUACAUAAUUCAUAAUGACGAAAACAAUCCCAUGAUUACAUCACUGGAACUACUCAAUGUAAAUAAGUACAACCCGAAGUUAUUUGUUGUGUCUGGACUUCAAAUGCUCGACAAUUUUCCAUUUAAAUCGCCAUCGGUUAGAAAAGAAAGACUCCAAGGUGUAAAGAAGCAAAUGACUGAAUCACAUCCCGACACACUCAUUCAUUUUGAGAUGGCAAGUUUUGUAGAAAUUGAGCUCAUGACUGAUUUACUUGAAAAUGUCAUUCCUUAUGCUGAUUCCUUGGGAAUGAAUGAGCAAGAAGUUGACAAUCUUAUGCAUGUUUUAGAAACUGGAAAAAUCAGUUUAUCAGCAGAUUCAAAUCCACGAGUCGCAACGACAUUAGAUCAAAUGAGAAAAGUAUUUAAGAUUUUAAAUCGGAGUUAUUAUGAGCAUCGUAAAAAUGACGUAAAGUUGAGGAUGAUCUCAAGAAUUCACAUUCACACACUCGCAUUCCAAUUGAUGAUGAACGUGAAAGCAAGCAAUUGGAAGAAUAUAAAAAAUGCAGCAGCUAAAAGCUCUCUCACUGCUCAUCGCCAUGUAUGUCAAACAAGUUAUGUUAAUCCAGAAAAUACAAUACUUGUGCUCGAUGAUUCUUUUGCAACAUCUGCCGAGACUCCUGCUCAGAAUACUGAUAAAGACAUGAGACCGAAACGAAUUGAAAUUAAGCUUGGCGAUCCUGUACCUUGUUGGAACGAAACAAUUUCUGUUGAUGAAAUACAUUCUGUUGACGUUGAGAUUUGCUUAAGUCCCGUUUUGGUUUGCAGAGAAGCAAGAAAAACUGUUGGUGCUGGUGACAACAUCUCAGCUGCUGGAUUAAUUCUUCAAAUUUAA